CGUCCGUAGACAGGGACCAGUUACAGCACGUUCCUCUUGGCUAUCGCCCGACUUACCUAGGUAUCUACCUACUCAGCUUGGCAGAAAUCUGCAUACCUACCUUACACAAAAAGCAACUCGAAUAUAUUCUCCAGGCGGUUGAACCCAAUUUAUACCUAGACCCCAGUUGCGGGCGUGUCUUUUUUUUUUUUUGAAGUCGCUUGUUACAGUUGCUGCUUCUCUCCCUGUCGCCUCUUAACCCAGGAUUGACCGGAACAAUAUCUCCGGGAAUCGGUUGAAAUCUCUAUUGUCUUUGGGCGUGCUGCAAAAUUCAUCAUCUGCACAGUAUCGAGGCGCCGCCGGUGAACCAGUCUAGCUGCAAGCCUAUUUUGGUACCUCUCGACACCUGUUGACUGCCUCCGGCUUGUCAGAUCCUCAACACCUCGGUUCCACUCACAUGGCUUCACCCCAGCAAUUCCAGGACAGCUUCUAGCAGGGGUUGCCUUCCUUGGAAAGUUGCUCGACGAUAUUGUGCACAGCACAAUACCAACCAGUACCGUCAAAAUGAAAACUUCGGGGUUGCCGUCUUACACGGCGGCCACGACAAGAUCCGACCCUUGGGGCAUUGUUGCCCCGUAUGUGCCAGCUGCCAGCUACGCGGCCCUGUGUCUCACUUCGCGUACCCUACAUGCCCACUUUGCCCCUCGUCUAUGGAACGAUCCCCUGCGCAUGGUGCAGCUACUGCGGCUUGAUCGCGAUGAAGAACUUAGCUGGUAUCUUCGUCGUUUCAUUGGAGGGUCUGUGAAGGUUGCUAGAGAGUCGACCCGUGGCCUAGUAUUGGUACUUGACUUUAGAGACUUUGCCACAUUCACGGCAGACUUCCUAUCUUCGGUUGUCGAAGAGGCCUUGGAGGAUACAAUUCGUCGGCUCCCAACCAUGUUCCCCCGGCUUCGGUGUCUCCUACUGGAUGGUCAUCCCGCCUUUGAUCCUGGUUCGCUGACCAGGGCCGCAGCAGCAGUCAGGACGGCUAGACAGCAGAAUCCAGAACUGCCACCCUACAAGCCACUUCUUCUCAGCAUCGCGGGAUCCAACACUGAGCUGCCAACUUCCUACUUUGUAUCCGAGUACACGCGCAAUUUGGUCUAUCUUGAUAUCUCACAAGUGCCUGGCUCGCUGCGAACCCCAGCCACCACCGGAGCUUUUGGGUCUCGUACCCUGCCAUGCUUGCGUGUACUCAAGGCUCGCGGCAGGGAGCUAGGGGAUGCCGGAGUAAAUGCCCUAUGCACUGCGUUCGGUCGGCAGCUAUGGAGCCUUGAUGUCUCUUGCAACAAUAUUACCGAUGCGGGUCUUGCCACCAUAGUCACCUGUUGCUGCCCCAACCUCUCGCUCUGGUCCGACACACGUUAUGAUUCUGAGGGCAAGGUUAACAUUCUGCAAUCUGCAGAGACCCAAGAAGCUAGGCCGCUCUUAACCAUCAAGGAAUCUGAUCUGAGCGGCUCGUUCUGCCACCCAGAGAGGCAUUUUGCCGACUCUCCAGCAUACGAACAGUCCGGAAAUGUCGUCCAAAGACCGAACGGACUGGCGACUCUGCUGCGUGAUGGGCCAGAUGACCUAGUCCGCUUCAUUGCGGGGGGAGCUGGCGAAGAUGUCGCUCCUGACAUGGUUGAAGAAGUCAUGGCGUCGACACAAUGUCUUGGUUUGGGCCUUACCCAUCUCGCCGUCAGAGAGAACCGAAUUACUCAGGUCGGAGUAGAAAGGAUGAUCCAAAUGUGCAGAGGGAACCUUGAGUACUUUGAGUGUGAUAUGGCCUUGAUGAGAACGCACUUGAACUUAUUCUCGCCAUAUAAUCAUCGUCAGUCCCACAUGUACGGCCUCUUGGGCUCCUCAUGGCUUUUCCGACCCGUGAUGUCUUCCAGCUUGCGAAGUCUGUACUUGCACCAUUCAAUUGUCACGCAGGUGCCAACAAUUACUCUGUCGGGCAGCAAGGAAUCAUUGUUGGCAGACGCCUGGCUGGCCGAGAUGAUGCUUCUGCCGCGCGCAGAGCUCGUAUGGCCUGGCGAUGGCUUCAUACCUGAUAUGAACCCGAGAUUGACAUCUCUCACAUUGACUAGCCUACCCAGGCGCUCGGCUGGCCCCUUGGUUGAGAAGCUGAAACACUUUCUCAGACUUCUAUACGAGCAGGAACAAGCUAUUGAUAGCACGCGUCGAGCACUCUCGAUGGAGUCUUCAUCACCGAGGACUUCUGUUAUGCUAAAAGGCAUGAGGCGCCUGAGGCUAGAGUUCGAGCAGUAUUCUGAUCAAACUACAUUUGAAGAAAGUCCAGACGACGGUAAAGGGAUGGUGGUUGACAUGGAUGCCGACACAGAGGUCGACAUGGAUCAACCGCCACCAGGAUUCUCAUUUUUCCAUACUUGGGGCCCAGAAACUACUCCGUCACAGCCUGAGGAAGGUCAAAUAACGGCUAAUCAUCCUGAUCCUCGUGCUCUCGGAAAAACUCGCCCUAUCGCCCCCAAUAUAGUAAACCCAGAGAGCAUAGGCCAAGAGACACUGAACCUGUCAUUCGAUCACAACGGGGCCUUCACGAUGAAUCGCCUGGUACCUUCCUCGACGACCGAAGUUUCCGUAUGGGUCGGUCCAAAAUGUUUCUUUCAUGGGACUGGCAACGACGGUGAGCACGCCCACCCCCCGGCCAUCACCGAGUACGUACGGAACGUAAAGAAUAGGACCUCGCUGCGUACCGGCGUCGGGCCCGCAACGCCGCCGCAGGUCCAAGCUGGCGUCCCACCCGGCGUUUGCUUAUUCCAGGCGGCGUGGGAUGCAAUUCUGCUUGCCGGACUCGAAUUCUCGUCCGCCGCAGCGAUAAACAGCAGCGAUCACAAUGGAAUGCAAGACCCGGCGCUGGGGCUGCCGAGGAUGGAGAUGCCCACUAGCCGUGAUGUCAGCAACAUGGUGGACGUUGUUUCUGAGCUCAAGAGGUUUCGUGCCGCGGAGAUGGCCGAGGGGAGGCACUGGACUGGGGCGCUCGAGGUGGUACAUAGGCGCAGCGAUGACGCGGCCAGGGACAAUGGGUUUUGGCGCGGGCGAAAUUUCCAUUAAUCUGACUAAUGCCAUGUAUACGGUCUUUUUUUGGCUUAUAUCUUAUUGGAUUCGAACAGGUGCAAAUAUAGACGAAAGAGCUGUUGGUAGUUUUAGCCAAUAUAAAAGUCAACUUGAAUAUCACAUGCUCGGUGGAUGGGG